CCGUCCCACUGAGGAUGUCUCGUGUGUAAACUUGUCUCUCAGUUAGAACUCCCCUGGCCUGACAACGUCUCACUUCUCUCUUGAUUGCUGGUGUGAAGCUGAAGACUCUGAGGAUGAGGGUUUGGAUCGUCGUCGCCCUGUGCCUGGCUGGCCACGCCAUGGCUGCUCCCACAGAGGAGGAGCCCAUCAUGGAGGAGGAGCCCAUGGUAGAAGAGGAGCUGGUCGUUGAGGAGGCUGUUCCCGAGGAGGAGACCACGGUGGGCAUCAACCCUGUGCAGAUUGAGACCGGAGAGUUUGACGAGGCCAUCCAGAUCGAGGAGGACUUCCCAGCUGAGAACCCCUGCUUGAACCACCACUGCAAGAAGGGCAAGGUGUGCGAGAUUGACGAGGAAAACAACAGCCCGAUGUGCGUCUGCCAGGACCCGUCCAGCUGCCCCGCUGCCGCCGGAGAGUUCGAGCACGUUUGUGGAACCGACAACAAGACCUACGACUCAUCCUGCCACUUCUUCGCCACCAAGUGCGCCCUGGAGGGAACCAAGAAGGGACACAAGCUUCACCUUGACUACCUUGGAGCCUGCAAAUUCCUGGAGACCUGUGUGGACGCUGAGCUGAGUGAGUUCCCCCUCCGAAUGAGGGACUGGCUGAAGAACGUUCUGGUCACUCUGUUUGAGCGCGACGAGGACAACAACCUGCUCACCGAGAAGCAGAAAGUCAGAGUGCAGAAGAUCUACGAGAAUGUCAAGCGUCUGCAGUCCGGAGAGCACUCCCUGGACCUCCUGGCCCAUGACUUUGAGAAGAACUACAACAUGUACAUCUUCCCCGUGCACUGGCAGUUCGGAGAGCUGGACCAGCAUCCCGCCGAUGGGUUCCUGACCCACACAGAGCUGGCCCCCCUGCGCGCUCCUCUGAUCCCCAUGGAGCACUGCACCACUCGCUUCUUCGACGAGUGUGACGCUGACAGCGACAAGUACAUCGCCCUGGAGGAGUGGGCCGCAUGCUUCGGCAUCAAGGAAGAGGACAUCGAUAAGGACAUGGUUCUGUAAGACAGUCUUGGCGAUUCCUGGUUCCCUAGUAAAUUAAAAAACCCAGUAAUGGUGCUAACUGCAGGUUAUUUUUAUUUUCUAUAACAACCUCUCCUACCUAUACCACUAAAGCAUUUGUUAGAAUAACUAAAGAAGUGCACAAUCUGUACACACCCAAGGUGUUUACAAGCAGCUUCCAUUCAUUGGUUAAAAUCAAACUCUCCACAAAGACAAUUCAAAUGACUUUAAGAUUAAUAACAUCAGACGUAAAUGUGUUCUGUUCUGUUUGUCAGCUCUGUACCAUAUCUAAUGUGUUGGUUUUUUGGUAUUCUUUCGGGCAAUUAUCUGAAAUAGAAACAAAACAUCCUGCAAAGAGACCAAGUUGUAAAAUUAAAAAAUAAAGUUUUAAAUAAAUAA